CUCGUCCAUUCUUCAGUUUCUGGCUCUCUCUCUCUAGCUUUCUCUCUCUUCAACUACCUCACCCACCUUCCUCAAGGAGAGAGAAAGUCUCUCUCAGCUCAAAAUUCGCCAUCACCAAAUUCUCAACCUCUACAGAUUGAUCGCUGUGUUGAUUUUAUUUUGCCGGUGAACGGAAUCUGGAAUAUUCUUUUCUCUUGUAAGUAUCGAAUUGUUUUGGAUUUUAGGUAAAAGUUUGGGGGUGUGGGAGUAAUGGAGCCUUCGUCUUCAACUAACUCGAUGAAGCUGUCGCCGUUGGAUCUGAUGACUGCGAUUAUCAAAGGUGUAAAGGUUGACCCGUCGAAUAUGUCGUCGGAUUCCACUGUUGCUGAGGUUGCUACGUUGAUAAUGGAGAAUCGUGAACUCGUCACGAUCUUGACUACUUCUGUUGCUGUACUUAUUGGAUGUUUUGUUGUUCUUAUGUGGCGGAGAUCCAGUGGUCAGAAAGUCAAGGUUUUGGAACCUCCUAAGCCGUUGGUUGUUAGGGAGCCUGAACUUGAAGUUGAUGAUGGUAAGAGGAAGGUUACCAUCUUUUUUGGUACGCAGACUGGAACUGCUGAAGGUUUUGCUAAGGCUUUGGCGGAGGAGGCAAAAGCUCGGUAUGAAAAGGCCGUGUUUAGAGUUGUGGAUAUGGAUGAUUAUGCGGCUGAUGACGAAGAAUAUGAGGAGAAAUUGAAGAAAGAGGAUAUUGCAUUCUUCUUCUUGGCCACAUAUGGUGAUGGUGAGCCAACCGAUAAUGCCGCAAGGUUUUAUAAAUGGUUCUCAGAGGGUAAUGAAAGAGGGGAAUGGCUUCAGAAUCUGAAGUACGGAGUAUUUGGUCUGGGUAACAGGCAGUAUGAACAUUUCAAUAAGGUGGCCAAGGUAGUGGAUGAUAUCCUUGUAGAGCAGGGUGCAAAGCGCCUUGUCCAAGUUGGUCUUGGAGAUGAUGACCAAUGCAUUGAGGAUGACUUCACUGCCUGGAGAGAAUUGGUAUGGCCAGAAUUGGACCAGUUGCUUAGAGAUGAGGAUGAUGCAGCUGUUACCACCCCUUACACCGCUGCUGUAUUAGAAUACCGUGUCGUAUUUCACGACCCUGUUGAUGCAUCACUUGAGAAGAAGAGCUGGGCUAAUGCAAAUGGACACGCUGUUUAUGACGCUCAACAUCCAUGCAGGGCUAAUGUGGCCGUCAGAAAGGAGCUUCAUACCCCUGAAUCUGAUCGUUCUUGCACUCACCUGGAGUUCGAGAUUUCUGGCACAGGGCUUUCAUAUGAAACAGGGGACCACGUUGGCGUCUACUGUGAGAAUCUUCCAGAAGUUGUAGAUGAGGCUCUUAACUUAUUGGGCUUGUCUCCUGAAACAUACUUCUCCAUCCACACCGAUAAAGAAGAUGGAACAUCUCUUGGAAGUUCUUUACCACCUCCUUUCCCUCCCUGUAACUUAAGAACUGCACUGACACAGUAUGCUGAUCUUUUAACUUCUCCCAAAAAGUCUGCCUUGCUAGCUUUAGCGGCCCAUGCAUCUAACCCAGCUGAAGCUGAUAGACUAAGACAUCUUGCAUCCCCUGCUGGAAAGGAUGAAUAUGCACAAUGGGUAGUUGCUAGUCAGAGAAGUCUCCUUGAGGUCAUGGCUGAAUUUCCUUCAGCUAAGCCCCCACUUGGUGUAUUCUUUGCAGCAGUGGCCCCACGUUUGCUGCCCCGAUACUAUUCAAUCUCAUCAUCUCCAAGAAUGGCUCCAUCUAGAGUUCAUGUUACUUGUGCAUUAGUUUACGAGAAAACACCAGCUGGGCGUAUUCACAAAGGAGUGUGCUCUACUUGGAUGAAGAAUGCUGUGCCUGCUGAGAAAAGUGAUGAUUGCAGUUGGGCACCUAUUUUUAUUAGACAGUCGAACUUCAAGCUUCCUUCUGAUCCUAAAGUACCAAUUAUCAUGAUUGGUCCUGGCACGGGAUUGGCUCCUUUCAGAGGUUUCCUACAGGAAAGAUUGGCUCUUAAAGAAUCUGGAGCAGAUCUGGGACCCUCAGUUUUGUUCUUUGGAUGCAGAAACCGUAGAAUGGACUUCAUUUAUGAAGACGAGCUGAACAACUUUGUUGAAAACGGCGCUCUUUCUGAACUAGUACUUGCAUUCUCACGAGAGGGACCUACUAAAGAAUACGUGCAGCAUAAAAUGGCGCAAAAGGCUGCAGACAUGUGGAAAAUGAUAUCCGAAGGAGCCUACAUUUAUGUUUGUGGUGACGCUAAGGGCAUGGCUCGUGACGUUCACCGAAUGCUUCACACUAUUGCUCAAGAGCAGGUAUUUCAAUACAAAUUGUUGUGUACUAAAGCUAGAAUAGAAUUAGUGUCACAAACUGAUGUACUAACAAAGUCUCGGGUCCUAUUCGUUGAUUACAGGGACCAAUGGACAGCUCGAAAGCUGAGAGCUUGGUGAAAAAUCUGCAAAUGAAUGGAAGGUAUCUCCGCGAUGUGUGGUAACCCCAUAAACCUUAAAAAGGGAAUGAAGAACUAUUAAGAGUUUUAAUGAAAUACAUAAAAAAAAUAUUAAAUGCAUAAAACAAUUGGCCAAACCAAAAAGGCCAAGUUGGUGUAGUAGUAAAGUACUUAAAGGGGCUUGUUAUAAUUAUGAUGAUGAAGCCUCCUUCCAUUUUGUGGUCUCUUCGAAAAUGGGCGAAAAUCGCUCCUGUUGCGGUUGGUAUAGCGCUCUCGCCUCUCGGUCCUCUGGUGAUUCUUUUAACUCUAUGUGAAAUUUUUUUGUUCUUGUAAUUUAUAUAUUAUACGAAACACAAUAAUUAUGGGCUAGGCAUAGUCUUUUUUCUUUUAUUUUUUCUUUUUACUUUUUUUAUUAUUAUUAUUAUUAUGGACUCUUAAAUUUUCCCCUGUAUUAUGAACCACAAAAUAUGGUUCUAAUGGCAGAAUAUUAAUGGUCUUGUUUUUCCUAUUUUUGUAAUUUGGUUACAUGGAUGUAUUAUAUUCAAGUUUGUUA